AUGAGAACCUUCCGAGCCGGCGUCUUCCAAGCAAUCGAGGUCAUUUCCGACGAUGAAUUCAUCAUCCGAGAUACGAUAUACGGCCGUCAUCGUAUCACCGAACCCGUGCUGAUCGAGCUGCUUGACUGUCCCGCGCUCGCUCGUCUGCGAGAAGUCUGUCAACACGGCAUCACCAGCCUUCUCGGCUACGGCCCUCAAGUUACCCGCUACGAACAUUCGGUCGGGGCAUUCUUGCUUGUCCGCAAAGUCGGAGGCAGCCUGGAGGAGCAGAUCGCCGCCCUCCUCCAUGACGUCAGUCACACCGCGCUCAGUCACGUCGCCGACUGGGCGCUAUCGCAGCCCGGCGAGAGUUACCACGAAACCCACAAACAGGAGUAUAUCGCGACUACGACGCUCCCUCAGAUCCUGACCAAGCACGGAAUCGACCAUAGGGUUUUCGAGGAGGGAUUGUACCCCUUGGUGGAACGACCUGCGCCGCAUCUCUGCGCUGAUCGACUGGACUAUACGCUGCGGGAUACCCGGGUUCUCCAAGAUCUUACACGGGAAAAAGCGAGGCAGGUGUAUGAGACGGUGACGGCGUACCCGGACGCGACGUCGCCCAACCGGAUUCUGACUCUUUCCGACCCCCAGCUAGCCCUGGCUCUGGCGCGAGCGUAUAUCGCCACGGACGAGGACGUGUGGUGCAAUCUAGUUCACCUGGAUAUGUAUCGACGAGUGGGUCAAGUGAUAGGGGAUCUGGUUCGUCGCGAGAUUCUCGAUCCGGAUCUCCUCUACAAGUAUCCGGACGCACAGUUCUGGAAAUAUCUAGCGGAGGCGGCGGAAAAAGACGGGUCGACGGUGAUUGCAGAUAUUGAAGCGGAGGCGAGGACAUACAUUGACCAGAAUCCCGGCCUUGCGCCUCCUCGAUCGGAGACGCUGGGACUUCCCACGGGAGCGAAGGUGCGAACUCUUGACCCGGAUGUUGCUUUAGAGGGACAGCCUCCGCGGCCGCUGAGUGCGAUUGUCCCCGAGUGGGAUGUUGAGCGCAGGGAGUAUCUCGAGCGUCGAGAGGCACAACGAUACUGA